UUGAACAUCUGCUUUUUUUUUGCACACUGAGCUGCAGUGUUCAGACUGUGUGCUGUGCGUCCCCACUCUGAGUGGCAGCUGCUACGUACCUGGCGUUCCACCGCUACACAGACAGCAUGGUGAUUAAAGUCUUUAUCGCAUCCUCCUCCGGUUCCAAAGCGAUUAAGAAGCAGCAACAAGAGAUAUUGGACUACCUACAGGCAAACAAAAUUGAGUUUGAAAGAUGUGACAUUGCAAUCAGUGACGAAAGCAAAAUGUUUAUGAGGGAGAAUGUUCCAGAGAACUGCCGACCUGUAGGUGGAAACCCACUUCCACCUCAGAUCUUCAAUAAUGACCAUUAUUGUGGGAACUUUGAAGCAUUUUUCGAUGCCAGAGAGAACAAUGCUGUCUAUGCAUUUCUAGGCCUGAUGGCGCCACCUGGAUCAAAGGAAGCUGAAGCCCUUGCAAAACAAGAAUCUUAAACUCCAAUUUCAUCGCAUCAAAUAUUAUCAGCAAACCAGACUAUUCUAGUGUGAGCAAAAUAUGAUUUAGGAUUGUGUAGAAUUUAUUGGGGAGGACCAUGUGGGAUUUAAAAAAGCCUCUCUCGCUUAGUUAAAACACCCAGAUUUUAUUAACAGCCAGUAACGGGUGACAGUGGACCACUGGGUUUAAAUGAAGCGUGUAUUGAAUAUAAUUACUUUUCGUAAUAGUUUAUUUGAGCUUAUUUUUCUACUUGAUCAUCUGAUUUAAGCAGACACCCAAAAUGUUAUCAAAAGAAAAGUUGUAGUAAACAUUUCUUCACCUAGCAUUUUUGUGUUCUUUCCAACUUUUACACUUUUAAUUCUGAUGGUCCCACAAAACAAGCUCUCUUGAGGCCGAAGUUUGAGCAUUGAGUUAAUUUCACUAAUUCUACAGUUCCGCUCUCUCACUUCUGGUCUCUAUCCACUUCAACUCUUUAUGUCAUGUAUAGGGAGCUUGUUUUUUUCCUAUUGUCUUGUGCUGGUCUCCUUGGAAUCCAAUUCCUGAACCAAAGGACAAAUCAGAUAAAUGUGCCAUGUUACCUUGUUCAUUUCAUGGAGAUUAUAUUGUUAUUUCAGGUUUUUAACAAUGCUCAAAUGGAAGCGUCUGGAGAAAGACUGAGAACCUGACUUGUAAUAAUGCUAGAUUAAACACAGUUAAACUGAA